GCACGUAAACUAAAUUACCUUCUCUUUGUCAAAAAUCUGACUUCCGUUUCUCAUGUUUUGUUCGGCUUUCUGGAAUUUGCCAUCCCGGCUUUACAACGAGUCAGUCUGCCGCUUUGCUUCACCCAAAGUAUUCCGAACAACAGAGUUACCGCCAUUUUGAUCCGGGUGGGUGGGUUCGAGUACAUUGUGUUGUCGUUCGUAAAAAAACAACAUCAAUUUACCUAGCGUGCUAGCUGGCUAACAGCAGCCAGCUGAGUUGCAUCGCCGAUCCCCGAACAUGUUUCGAUUCAUCAAUGACGUCGACGACGACCCCUACAUGCUGGAUCCAUUCGCUGCUCACAGGCAGCAGAUGAGGAGCAUGUUUGGACCAUUCGGCAUGGACCCUUUUGCACUCACGCCACAGAUUCAAGCUCCCCGCGCGCCUCGGCGACAGGCUAGUGCACUGACACCGUUUGGCAUGAUGGGAAUGGGUGGAGGGUUCAUGGACAUGUUUGGCAUGAUGGGGGAAAUGAUGGAAAAUAUGGAGAGGAUGUCUGGUUCGCCCAACUGCCAGACCUUUUCUUCCUCCACUGUAAUUUCUUACUCUUCUAUGGAUGCUGGGGCUCCUACAGUGUACCAGCAAACCCAUCAAACAAGACACGGCCCAGGAGGGAUCCGUGAAACACGUCAGUCCAUGCGAGACAGCGAAAGCGGCGUGGAGCGUCUCGCCAUCGGCCACCACAUCGGCGAACGCGCCCACAUCAUGGAGCGCUCGCGGAACCGCCGGACUGGAGACCAGGAGGAACGGCAGGACUUCAUAAACCUGGAUGAGACUGAUGCUGAGGCAUUCGACACAGAGUGGAGGACUCAAGCGGGGCGAUAUGCUCCUCCCAGUGCCCGGGGCCUGGACUACGGCCGAGACCGACGGGCGGGGGGCCAGCAGCUGGCGCUCACCGCCCCACCCAGCUCCACGACCCCGCCGGGCCACCGGCACGACUCCCCCCGACACCACCCGCCCCAGUCCCGCCCGCGUUACGACUGGUGAGAGGACUUCCACCUGUUAUCUUGAGCCGACCGGGAAGAAGCAGAGGGAACACCCUACAGAUGCUGUGAAUUGAGGAUCGUUCCAACUUCCUCGUUGAUGUUUUAGCUGACUGGACUGUCUAUACAUAAUCAUGUGACAACUCCCAAACAAACAACCCCUUCCUUGCCCCUCGCCAGACAAACAGUUGAUAGUCUUAGAACGAAAUUAAUCCGCGCACUCACACACUUGUACAAAAACAUCCUCGCUUACUCCUCCAGAUUUGAUGUGUGUGUUUUUGCCCACUAAAAGUGCUCCAAGUAUAUACAGUGCAUCUGCUGUACAGUUCGUUUUAUGUCUGUGGAGACACGCGAAUGUGUCUGUGAAUGGAAUUGUAUAAUGUUGACUAAAUUAGCUAGAUGAAAUUAAACAUUGCUAGAUAACAACAGGCUGUGUCUCUUCUGUUGCAUGCAGUGUUUCUGGACAUCUUCAAUACAGUGAAAAUCAGCAACAUAGAGACCAGAUGAAAAUAUUUUGCAUUUUUCACAUGCACAUUUGAAAUUAUUUCCUAAACACAUUGAAAAACAUUGUAAAUGUAAUUAAACAUUUCAGUGUAAAGAAGAUACAUCUUGUUGUGUAUGUGUUAGAUACAUGCAUGUGCCUUUAAGGGGCGGGGCCAGCUGGGGUGGUGUGUGAGUGUUGAGUGAGCUGUGGGCAACAGCAGCUCUGCCUGAGUGCUUAUUGUGCUUUAUUGUUCAGAAGAAAAUAAAUGGCUGAAAAGUGCAACUGCAG